AUGAAGCUUACCACUACUUCAUGCAUCUCCCUAACGCUGUGUGCGCACGCAAUAGCAGCCCCAAGCUAUCCGAAACAAACGCACGGCUCUUUCAGGUGGCGCUCUACGAAAUCUCUGGUAGCUUUUGGCGAUAGCUACACAUAUGUACAAGGCACGCUUGGUCAUGUGAAUUAUACUUUCAUUGGAGAUGAGUUCAACUUCUCUUUCACGUCCAAACAGCUCUUCUCAGAUCGCAUUGUGCAGAAUCUCACGGGAACGGCGGAAGGAGGACCGAACUGGGUCGAGUUCUUGACCGAAUGUGGUGUUGAGGAUGGCUUGCAUGAUCCAAGGAAAUGCAAUGUUCAACUCUGGGACUUUGCAUAUGCCGGUGCAAACACUAUCAACGAAGCUGGAUUCACCCCCCUACACCACAACCAUACCGUCUCGCUCGAACGUCAAGUAGAGCAAUUUGUUUCCUACGGUAACCCAGCCCUUGAAUCGAUCGAUCUCAACAAGAAGAAGGCACUAGUUGCGAUAUGGAUCGGUAUCAACGACAUCAACGAUCUUGUUUCUACUCAAGGCAAGAAUGCAACUUUCGCACCGAGCUAUGAAAAGGUCCAAGGCAGAUUGUUCAAGAGCGUGGAAAAUAUAUACAGUUUAGGUUACAAGAACUUCAUGUUCAUGAACCUGCCGCCCCUGGAUCGUGGUCCAGGAACGCCCAAUGUCAACGCCUCUAUGGUCUCUUCUUUCAACAAGAUCCACGCUGCGCAUGCCGAUGCCUUCCAAAACCAACACAAAGAUGCCAAGGUGCUCCAAUUCGAUGUCAACAGUGUUUUGAACGAUGUGUUGGAUCACUACCAAGAUUACGGAUUCAAGAACGUCACCAACUACUGCCCUGGAUACAACCAGCCAGACAUUCUGACAGAUCCCGGCAAAUAUGGAUGUACGGAGCUGGAUACAUUUUUUUGGUACAACUCAGGUCAUCUAACAAGUAGGACGCACGAUAUAAUGACAAAGGCAUUGAGGAAAUGGUUGUUGAAGCAAUAG